UCAAACGCAUUCUUAACCCUACUGAAACCAAUAAACGAAGCACGCACGAGCGCAGCAGCCAGGGAAGUGCGCUGCGCCCUCUAUAAUAAGACGGCGCCUCUCUCCCUCCCGCCCCAGCCUCGCUUCAUUCCAAAGCAAGCUUAGUUACUGCAACCAUUUCUCCUCUUCCGACUUCCCGAGCGAGCAACUGAAAAAUGGAGGGGCUGAUCCCGUUCAUCUGCAAGGCCAUCAAGGAGCGGCGCACGCGGAGCUACUCCCGCUGCAGCAGCGACAACGGCGGCUCGCCCUUUCACGGGUUUGGGGCUGCCGUCGACGACGAUAAUAAGGGCGUCUGGGACUGGGAGCGGAAGCAGCUGGACGGCGCCGCGGCGCGGAAGGCCGAUGGUGGCGUCGGCGGCGCGCACCGGCGGCACCGGUCGCUGGAGGAGCUGGCGGGCGAGGUCGGGGCGGGGGCGCCGGAGCACUGGCGGCCGGCGGGCGCGAUGCGGAGGGGACGCAGCGUCAGGAUCUUCUCCUGCAUCGGCGGCAUGUGAUGGGGUUGAUUGAUUCGCUUCGCUGCCAUGGAAGGAUUGCGCAGCGUGUCGGUCCGGGGCGCUCCGGGCGUGCGUGCGUGCCGAUUCUGCGCGCAAGUGCUUGGAGUAGUGGAAAGAUUCAGGUUCAAGUGUUGGGUAGAAGAGUUCGUGUAGUGCGCGCGUACGUGCGUGUUUUGUGUAGUCCGACCAAAGUGUACAUAGUACAUGGGUUUUAUGAAGAUGUGCAUGUGUUC